GGAAGGAAGUUACUUACAGUGUAUGAGAACCAUCCGAAGUUCAACUUGUCACAACACGCUAGUACUCUUGAUGGAUUCUCAUGUCAAAAUUGGUUUUUGAGCUCAAGUUUCCUUUACUCAUUGCCCACACAGAAACCUAGUUCUGAAGGAGCACCAUGUGAUGCAAGGUUUAGUGACUUGUGCAACUGUAAAUCCUCAAAGGCUGCAAAAUCCACAAAUUAGAAAGGUAAGUUGUCAAUGAUCCCGGAGCAGAGAUGUGACAUUGGUAUACUGAUAAGAUGAAAAUUGCAGCUGUUGUAAUAUAUCCUGCUAUUAUAUCCAACCACUUUUACUCUGGUGCCUACAUAUAGAUGUCGUCUCAUCUUGGCGUUUUUAAAAUUACAAACAACUCAAAAAUGCAUGUGUUUUCAGUUUCUGAACUGGUUAAGCAUAUUCACUGUCAAAGCUUUCAUGUUUGACAUAUAUGCCAGUGUUGAUCUUAAAGUUACCUUGACUAGCUGAAUCAAACUUUGUUGUGCUGGCUUGGUACAGUCUUGUGCAGCGUGCAGGAAUGAUUUGAAUCCUCGAAUAACUUCACCUGUAGUUUGUAUUAGUGGUGCAGAUAAUUCACCAUCCACGGCAAUACAUUCUUUUUAUGAUACACCAAAGAGAACUACUGUAUGGAGUUCAUUUGAUACGUCUCGGAAAUCUUCUGAAAGUUCAAUUCCUGAAGAAGUGCUAAAUCACCAUAACUUCAUUGAUUCCAAUUCCACGGUUGGUAAACCUGUAGUAAGCCGAAGCACUUCUAAUGCUGCAGAAACUUCCAGAGAUUCAAACAUAAAAAUGCCUUAUGGGAGAGAUGAAGCAAUGAUCUAUCCAGAUCCUGUUGGUAAUGGAUUUAUUGACCAUGGGCUGGGUGAAAACAUCGCUGAUGUUUUUGAUGAUGAUGAAUUCUUUCAGAAUCUUGUUGCGGAUCAAAUCAUUCACAAACAAUUCUGAUCAACUUGCACGCAACAAUUAUCAAUGCCUCAGCUUCCACCUUUCACCCCAGUUGUACAAAAGGAUAACUGUAGAAGUGCUGAAGGGACUUGUUUGCCACCAGAGUUAUCUGCAAACUGUGUUCAUGGACUGAAGGUAGCACUUUGCUCUGCAACUCAUUUGCAAGAGAUGAAGGAGUUGCUAAUUUCCAUAUCAAAUGAGCUUCAUGACAAUGUGGAUGAUCUAAGAAGCUCACCUCAGUUAAGGAAGCUUAACCAGGAUAGGUUGCAGUUGAGCAAGGAAGUUAGGCUUCUUGAGAAUUAUAUCCAGGCUUCAUCGCUGAAUGAAGAUAGACAGAAUUUACAUUUUUCAGCAUCCACCACUGCAUGCAGGGGUUCCAAACCUGAGAUACCAGCAACCACAUCCAGGAUUGGUCCUCUGAGAUUUGAUGCUCCAGUCCAUAUGCAUACCGAUUUUAACUACUGUAUUAGUGGGGCGACCUCAUCAUUGUCAUUAUCUUCUGUGGGUAGCUCUGUCACACCAGGCUCUCUGGAAAGGGAAGCCUUUACUCAAAAGAUCAUUGAUGUUAAAUAUGUCGACGGAUCGAAUGACAAGGGAUGUUGGAGUAGUAGUAACUUUCCAUGGACUGAAGAGCUGGAGGCCAAUAACUGGAAAGUACUUGGGAAUCGUUCGUUUCGCCUCAAUCAGAGGGAGGUGAUUAAUGCUACAAUGAGCGGCUGUGAUGUUUUUGUUUUGAUGCCAACUGGAGGCGGAAAGAGUUUGACAUACCAGCUUCCUGCUCUUAUAUGUGAGGGUGUAACCUCGGUGAUAUCACCUCUUGUCUCGCUCAUUCAAGAUCAAAUUAUGCAUUCGCAUCAGGUAAAGAAGCAUCGGUACGACUUGGUGAAGCAUCACGGAGCUGGGAAACACCUUGAAAAGGGUGAAGCAUCCCGAAUUCUGCAUCAUCUCGUUACUGAGGAAUUUCUUGUGGAGAAAGUUAAGAAAAGUGAUUAUGGAUCCGUAUCAUCAGUGUUGAAGGUAAAUGAGUCCAAGUUCUACUAUCUUUGCCAUGGCGGAAAGAAAAUUAUUUUAAGGUUCCCGGCGUCCAUGAAAACAGCUAAACCUUUGGUAGCAAAAGAUCCACUUGCCUCUUCAGGGAAGACGAACAACCCACAGGAAAACGAAGCUGACAAGCCUCUUUCUGCCAAGAUCUUUGAUGCUUUGAUGUUGCUUCGAAGUGAUAUUUUGGAUACUGCUGCUGAAGGUGUUAAUGCUCACCACAUAUUCACGAGGCCUACAUUACAAAGGAUCAGCGAAAGAAUUCCCAAACAUGAGAAGAAUUUCUCGAGAUCAAUGGAAUAGGAAGGGCAAAACUAGCCAAAUAUGGUGACCGGGUACUGGAACUGAUCGAGCGUACAAUCAAGGACUUCUACAGUAAGGGCAAGAGACGUCGCACUGGUAGCGGUCAUAGUUCUGGAGCAAACCAGAGAAGUUUAACAGAAUAUUAUAGUAUAGACAAGAGAAGUAGCAGUAGCAGUAGUGGUGAUAAUUGUACUAGUUCUGACUUCUGAAGCAAGCAAGAGGAGAAGAACUUUGACUGGCACAAUCAAGUCAGGGUUCUAAAGUGGAAGAUGAUGGAUUCACCAGUAUACUUGAUUAUUGGAGAAAAGAGCAGCAUCAGAUGAAGCUCUAUGAUUAUCCAACUUUGAUGAUUUUAGUGCAGCGAAAUCUGUUCAAUGCAUCAAUCGAUUACCUUCGUGGUCAAAUUUGGGAGAUCAGUUGAUUAUGCACAAUGUCAGCAAGUUGUACGAGCGAUUCUCUUUCAAGGAAUACAUGUGUAUUUAAAGUGAAUGUGUUUGUACAACAGAAUACCACGUUGACGGUUCUGAAAGUUGUAAUCGCUGAAUUUCUUGUAUAGCUUUUUAUGGCAGUGAGUAAUACAACCCUGAUUUGGGGUUUAAAGUAACAGUCAAGUUCCCUUCUGCUGCCUUUUGUAUGUGUAUUCCUUCAAAUGUGAUUGAACUUGUCAAAUUAGCAUACUGUAUAAUAAAUCAAAAUUUUCACUCCAGAAA